UGUUUCUCUCAGCUGUUCUGGGAGAAGCGUCUGAAGGGUCUGCGGUCAUCGGACGUGUCGGACGAGGCGCUCCGGACGAUGGACCUGCCCCGAGGUCUCCAGAGUAUCGGGCCGGACUCGUCGGACGAGACGCUCCUGUCGGCCAUCGCCAGCGCCCUUCACAUGAGCUCGGCGCCCAUCACCGGUCAGACGUCGUCGGCGGCCGAGAAGAACCCGGCCAUCUGGCUGAACACGUCCCAGCCGCUCUGCAAGGCCUUCACCGUCACAGACGAAGACAUACGGUAAGUUUAGCGGUGACCUUUCAAGCACGUGACCAGCCGGCGUUCGAGACACAGAACGGUCGCUCACAUCGACUUCAAGCGGCUAAAUGCGUCUGUUAUAUCACCAGGCGUGUAGUCUGUAUUCACGGCGGCGAGAGGAGUCCGUGUUUCAGGUGAAGACGAGCUCAAAGCCUCCCGCUUCUCUUCAGAUUGAUGCGCGAGAGUCAUUUGGCUCCGGCCCGCCGCUAAAUUGGAUGCUUGCUGUUCGAGAAACACAAGUGAAAUAAGAUUUUCCUGCCGUAGUCGUUGAGAGCCUGGUGUUUCUUCAGCAUACUGAUGAGACGGACGCAGGGCCUGUGCCGUGGAGCGCUGGUUAAACGCCGGUUAGCUGGAGGUGGUAAUCACUUUGAAUAAACCGGCCGACUGAUCAGGAACGCUUCUACGGGGGGCAUCCUCACGUAAAGAUCUGGCAAGACCAUGUUUAACGGUUUGUGUUUUAGUGUGAAACACUUUUGUAAUGGAGCUCAGUCUCUCUCUCCAGGAGAACACACACACACACACACACACA